UUGGACUUGAUGUCAUCUCGAAGGUCCCUUCCAACCCAGCUGAUUCUAUGAUUCUAUGAUUCUAUGAUCCGGUGUCAGAGCUAUGAUUUUAACAGUCUUACAGCCUUUUUUUUCAUACUACUUACAUAUCAGGAGAACACUGUUAAAAAAAAAAUUGAUCUGCUGUGCCUUCUUGAAACUGUAUUAGAAAGGGCCCUCACUACUAAGUGAGUUAUACGUGUGAGGAAAACUUGUUACUCUGCUGUCCUCAUCAGAUCUGCAUAUUGAGAUCCAGCUGUAUGUUUUUGCCAACUUUCAUAACAAACAAGAUUAGUUAUUGACAUACUGUUUUUUAAUUUAUUCAUGAUUGACACAGGUUGCAGUAGAGGAGAAACAGUUCCAUACCCUACUAUAAUUGGAUCAGACACCUUCAGGGUGUUUCUUAAAUGCCAGGUUAAAUGCUGCCAUCACCUAAGAGGUAACAUUCACAAAAGCUACUCAAACUUGGUGUUGAUCUGGCUUGGCAGCUUCUUGUCAAUGAAGAGAGAGAUAAGCUCUUCUUCCAGGCAACACCUAAAUGAGUCUUUUGCUUUGAAUCAGUUUGGAAGGGAAUUCCUCACUUCCAUUGUCUGGAGCAUAUUCUAGAAGAGUGAGGUUCUUAAAGCCAAUGCUAUGCUUUGUAAAUCAAGUCCUAUGCUGAGAGGGUUAAGCUAAAUAUCCCUAUGGAAUAACUUUACCUGAAUUAGUGGCAAAAUGUAAAAUGACAUUUGCUGUCUCUACUGGUUGGGACAGCCCCCCUUUUCUCUGAAGCAGUGGCAAUGGAUAGGGUGCAGCAUUAAUCUCUUAGUGUAUCUGUUCAGUGUAAAUGUAAAUGUUAAGACAUUUUGUUUCUUUUUUUAUUUAUAAAAUAAAUAUAUAUUGAAUUGUUGUAUAAAUAUACAAUUUUGGCAAAAGUCACUCUAGCUUUCAGGUCUCAGUGAACAGAACUGGAAGAACUGUUCCGUUUAUUUGAUAGUAGCAACUGAUACAUCAAUCAAAAAAUAAUCCUUAUGAGUGAUUUGUAUGAAUACUUGUUGCUGUUUUCCAAAGUAUUCGUGAUGUUGAGACCUAGGAGAAAUGAACCCAUGUAUGCCACAGGAAAUUGGGUUUCCUACUGGCAAGUUCACCCAAUUAAAAAAAUUUCUACUUAUGAGAAAUGUAGCAUGCUGCUUUUUUUAUUUCCCCACGGGAACAUUUUCACAUAGGAAUCUGUCUGGUCUCCUGAGAAAUCCCACAAUAAGUCUUUGAUAGUAGGAGAUGAAAUUUUUUGUAUGCAUCCCUUCAUGGGUAGGGUUCAGAGGGCAUGUAAAUUACCGAAACCAAGGGACUCAGUGAGCAUUUUUCUUGUAACACAUCUGUAAAUACACAAAAUAGUCUAAAUGGGAAGCUGUGUAACUUCAGAGCGCUUUAAGCUCUCCUCUGAGAUUGAACUUGGAUCAUUUUAAAAUAGUCUUCAGGAGCGAUAUUAAAGAAUUUGCAGGGCUUAUUCACUGUGCACGCUGUCUUGGGUAGCAGCAUUUAUUCUGUCAACUCUGUUUAAAUUGGUAGUAUUUUUAGAAAAGAAUUCUCACUGAAUCACUUAAAAAAAAAAAACAACAGAAUUUUUGUGCAGUUGUCAGCAUGUAGAUCUCUGUAGGUCACAGAAGAGGUUUAUACCUCCACACCAAAGAACUAGCUUUUGAUUUGCUCACAUGUAAAAAGCAACUGGUCCAGUAAGGAGUCAUCUGUUAAGCCAGAAAGAUUAGGGGGGUUUGCCUGCAUAUUAAUUUUUAAUAUUCUAUUUAUUGUUAUCAAACAACAUGAUGCUUUAUUUUUUUAUUAUUAUUUUUAUGAUUAAGAGAACAGUGCCACCACUCUCUUCCAGUGAGCUGUUCUUGAUCUGAAUUGUAAACUACAUUCAGAACUGUAGCAGGCUUGGUGUUCUUGAGUGAUUUUCAAGUCAGGAGAACAUGCCUUCUCCCUAUGUGUCUCAUUUUGGGAGGUUUUUUAAAGGUAUACCAGAACACUGUAAAAUAUAGUCCCUUUGUUCUAUGAGCCAAAACAAAAACAUGGUCUUCCUCUUUGAAUAGGGUUUCGUCAUAAUGUUCAUUGUUCCUUAGGCAGUUAAUGCUGCUCUAGUUUUCACAAGGUUUUCUAUUUUUCUUUCAUGUAUUGCUAGAAAAAUCUGAUUGUAUAAGAACAUAAUUUAUCUACCAGGUCAAGACAAAAGUCCUUUUAUCCCACCAUCCUGCUGAUGAUGGUAAAAAAAAAUACUUAUCGAGAAGUGUUAAAAUAAACAAGCAUACAGUGUAAUUUCCUUUGAUAAACCCUUCCACCCUCCAGCAGCCUGCGAUUAAACAUUUCUUGAGAGAAAAAUUACACCACUGUGUAUUUAAUAAUCCUUGCUAUACUUUUUCUCCUAUUGCUUUGUCUGAUUGCUUUCUUGAUCCGCAGUAUUUGUUUCUUCCAUAAUACUGUAUGACAGUGAGUUCCACCAUUUAAUUCCAUGUUGUGUAAAAAAAACAGUGUUACAGUUUCUAAUGUAGAAUUAAAUUUCCAUAGCAAGAAGUUGGUAACAUACCAGAUUCUGUCCUGAUCGAUCACACUUUAAUUCAAGAAUGUUACCUAAGAGGGAUACAGUUGACUAAAUCCUUGUUUGUCGUAAGUUUCAAUUUUUUUUUACCAUAUCAAAUGAAUAGACUUUGUUAAUAAGUAUUAAAAACAUUGCUUUCAGCUACAUCUAACUUUUUUCUAUUUGGAAGAAUAUUUAGCUGGGAUGAACCUUAAAUUUCAUCUAAAUUUCAGUAUUUGCAUGGAACAUCCUCAGCUACUGACCAUGUCGUGAAUAUCAGGUCUUUUAGCUUUGCAGAGUUCAGGUCACAGUUGGUUAGGAUAUUGUUUUCAGAGAUUUAAUUAAACCAAACGUAUUUCUUGCUGACAUUUUUAGCUCAGGUUCAUUCUAAAACUUCCAGGUAAAAAGUUUGGCCUUGGGCUUUGCGAGGAUGUGUGCCGGCUAAGCUGGUUAAUAGACAUGGAGGGCUUAAUGCUCAUGUAAAGAUACGGUAAAAUAAAAUUGAUAUAAUUUGAAAUGUUUAUUUUCCAGAGCUCCUUUUGUAGGUUAAAUGCACAGCAGUGACUUUUCUCUCUGUUAUACAGAGGAACCAAUAUACUGUUAUACACCACACAACUUCACCCGCGAUCAAGCCUUGUAUGCCAGAGGAUAUUGUUGGACAGAAUUAAAAGAUGCCUUGCCAGGAGUUGAUGCCAGCCACUGGCCCUCCUUGUUUGAGCAUAAGUUCCUACCUUAUGCACUGCUGGCUUUUGCUGGGAUAAUGUACAUUCCAGCUCUGGGCUGGGAAUUUCUCGCCUCCACCCGGCUGACUUCAGAGCUUAAUUUUUUGCUUCAGGAGAUUGAUAACUGCUACCACCGUGCAGCUGAAGGGCGGGCACCAAAAAUAGAGAAACAGAUUCAGUCCAAAGGCCCAGGGAUCACCGAGAGAGAAAAAAGGGAAAUUAUUGAGAAUGCAGAGAAGGAAAAAAGCCCUGAACAGAACUUGUUUGAGAAAUACCUGGAAAGAAGAGGACGAAGUAACUUUUUAGCUAAGCUUUAUCUUGCAAGGCACCUAUUCAUCAUCUUUUUAAGCAUCAUACCAAUCACAUACUUAUCCACCUACUAUGCUACGCAGAAGCAAAAUGAAUUUACAUGUGCUCUAGGAGAGCCUCCAGACAAAACUAGCAGCUCCAAAUUGCACAUCAGAGUGAACUGUAAGCUGCCGUCUGUCCAGCUCCAGCGGAUUAUUGCUGGUGUAGAUAUUGUUCUCCUCUGCUUCAUGAACUUGAUAAUCCUUAUCAACUUAAUUCACCUCUUCAUAUUUCGGAAGUCUAACUUCAUAUUUGAUAAACUGAACAAAGUUGGAAUAAAGACCAAGAAACAGUGGCAGAAGUCCCAGUUUUGUGAUAUCAAUAUUUUGGCCAUGUUUUGUAAUGAAAAUAGGGACCACAUAAAGUCAUUGAACCGUCUGGAUUUUAUUACAAAUGAAAGCGAUCUGAUGUAUGACAAUGUGGUACGCCAGCUGCUUGCAGCAUUGGCCCAGUCCAAUCAUGAUGCUACUCCAACUAUGCGUGAUUCAGGGAUCCAAACAAUAGACCCAAGUGUUGAUCCAGCAGACAUUGAUGCUAAUGAACAGCUCAUCAUUAAGAGACCAAGGAAGAAGAUGAAAUGGAUCCCGACUACCAAUCCCCUUCCUCAGCCAUUCAAGGAACAGUUAGCCAUUAUGAAGGUUGAAAACCAUAAACCUGAUAAACCGAAGCCUGUGAGGAGGAAAACAGCAACAGACAGCCUUAUAGCUCCUUUGUUAGAGUCUGCUGCAAAAACCUCACAGCAAUCGUCUGCUCAUAAAACCGAGCCAAGUGCUAUCCCAAGCACAAGCAGUGAAAAAAAGCACACACGGCACUUUUCCUUGGAUGUUCAUCCAUAUAUACUUAGUAGCAAAAAACCCAAGCCAGAGGUUCAAGCCAUCCCCUCGAUGCCUACAUCAAAAAGCCAAGAGGGUGGAUUUUUAAACCAGGAAGAAAAUGUUGUAGUUCACGUUACCUCCUCUCUCAAAGACACCCCUCAUCCUGCAAAAGAGAUCCUAUACUCAUCUGAGACAUGCAGAACUGUGCCUGCUGCUGCAGCUUUUGUCACGUGUAACCACAACCAUAUAGCCACAACUGCUGCUGCCACCAGUAUGGCUUUGAACCAGGUCAAACCAGAGCCAACACCUGCACUGAACUGCAACUCAGCCCACCCUUUGCUGCACAUCAACACACUGUACGAGGACCAUGAGGAGGAGGUUUCAAACAUAAUGGACAAUGGGAUUCACUCACCGACUGACACGGGGGAAAUUCUCUCCAUCCCUACCCCAAAGCAGAUAAGGUUGGCAACGUUUGACGAGCCAAUGGCAAUCGUGAGCUCGGUGGAGUACUGAAGGCCCCAGGCUGCCCAGCUGGCCCCUGUGGCUGGGCCCGAGACCACUGCAGUGCAGAACAUGGUCCCCCCAGCAAUGCAACUCACUGCAUGAGCAUGGAGAGUUUUCACACAGACUGUAGCUUCUGCUGAUAACACCAAACAGUUUUACAGGAUCACAUCAUGAGCACUGUCAGUUAUUUGCGAAAUAGAAUAAAGAAAAUCUGGUGGAUAUAGACCUUUAACACUAAGACAACCACUAGCUCUAGCUCUAAACUAUAGCUUCCUGAUUUAAAUGGGAAUUAGCACAAUUUAUGAACAUUAGGAGUCUGAUGGCUUGCCACAGCAAUUUUAGUGAGUGUUUAAAUCCUUUGCAUUCAGAAUUACUGAUUAAAGUUAAAACAACAUGGAGGUGAGGUAUACUUUUUUAAUGGCAGCAGUUAAAUAAGAGUUCUUUUCUAAGCAGAGAGGAUUUUUUUUUUUAAAUUCAGGAUUUUGAAAAAAUUAUAUGCAAGCAAAAUUUGGUUUUGUUUGUUUUUUUAGCUCACUGAUGUUGGGCUUGAUGGAGACUUAGCUGAAAGGGCCUUACUACCACCAGCAUUUCAGUGCAAAAAGAUUGAUACACUCAAUCUCUUGCAUUUAUAAAUGAAAAUACCUGAAGUAUGCCCCGCCCUUUAACAUGCUUAUAUGUUUGAUGGAAGAUGAUUAAGAGUUUAUUUUUUUAACUAUAUUUUACCAUGGAAAAAAUUACUUUAUUAACUUUUCAAACCAGGUGUUACUUUUAACAAAAUGUGUAGAAGAGAGUCAUUGUAGCUGCUUAUUUUUUCAUAGUGUAUUUAUGAACCAGGUUAGAAACUUUCAUGGGUGCUUCACUGAUACGAAAAAUCUUAUGGAGGUCAUUACAAAAUAUCUUACAAAAUAUGAAACCAGCAAACCUGUUGUCAAAUAACACACAGUUAAAGUCUAUGAAUUUAGUUCUGCAGAUUUGGCUAGUCCUUGAUUCAGCAAACACUUAAGGCCAUGGGUGACACCGAAAUGACUCGUGUAAAGCUAAGCACACACUGAAAUGGCUUUGCUGGAUCCUGGCUCUAGUGCAGGCAGACAAUAAUCCUGCGGUAUGUGCUAUCACUCUGAUUCAAUAUUUGCCAUCCUUGGCUCAAAGCACAUCUUCAUGCCCAUCUUCCUAUAAUUACGGUAUGUGUGAUUUAAUAGAAAACUAUAGUAUAACUAAAACAUCUAUUAAAAGUGUAUCAUGCAAUAACCAUUCUCAGCAAAAUUAUAGUGAAACAAAAAGUGACUGUGUUAAAAUAAUAUUCCUAGCUGCAUUCAGAAUUACAGACUGUGUGUGUUUGCUUCAAAAUUAUGUAUAAUGGUAGAAAAAAAUAUGCAGCACAAAUAUGGGACUGAAAUCUUGAGUUUAUUUUUAAUUUAUUACCUCAGACAUGCAUAUAUUAUACCAAUAUUUAAUGAAAAUAGCACUGAAAAUAAAUACCUAUUAUUCUGAA